AUGAUAGUCAAGACCACAGUUAGCAAAAGGCAAGCGUUUCGCACGCUAAAUCCGCUUUCAUCACUGUUUCUUCUUUGCGCGUGCGUGGCGUGUCUCUACAGCGUUAAUCUGGGUGCGGCUUCAUAUCAUCCCGGCGGUCCUGCAAAAUAUAGCAAUUAUCAAAGAUUAGAGAUAUUGUGGAUUACCGGCUGCACUAGGCCUGUGCUAACGGAAAGGGGUCGCCAGACGAUUUCGUGCUUCUCUGACUUGAAUUCAUAUCAUCCGGUACAACUCACCGUUCGGGGGCGCGGUUUCCCACAGCUGGGGAACUUAAGCAUAGUUCUGGAGGAACACACACCAAUACCACAUCAUGGAGGUGAGGAGGAUCUUGAUUUAAUUUCCAUGCCGUGUCUUCAUGUGAGGCCCUCUAGUCUGUUCCCGCGGCAGAUCUUGUCGUGUACCCUUCUUAAUCCCAUGGAUAGUUUGAGGCAUAAACCGCUGUGGUUGGAACGGCUGACCACACGGAGCACUUGGAUGAACCUGAAAUUGCUUCAAACUGUAACGAGUGACAACUCUAACAAGACUACAAUUGUUACGCUUGCCUCCGUCCCCCGUGCAGUGGAGUUGGACCUCACGCCGUAUGGCAAUGGAUCGCACUCGGGCGGUGAGGAGGAUGAAGAGGAGGAUGCCGAAGACCCCUUAGAAUAUAUGUUCCGUAGAGUCCGACACUCUGCAAUGAAUGAUGAGUGGGUUUCUCUUGGUAUUGGAGGAUUAAGUGAGCAACUACAUGAGCUUUUCCGUCGCGUUUUCUUGAGUAGGACGCGGCAACUCCGUGGGGUGGUGGAAUCACUUAAUAUUCCGCCUGUACGUGGAGUACUCCUCCAUGGGCCGCCGGGAACCGGUAAGACUCUUAUUGCUCGUAUGAUUGCCAAGCUGGAAGGUAAAGGGACGAGGGUAACUAUUGUCAACGCGGCUGACAUUAUUUCCAAGUACGUUGGUGACUCCGAAAAGAACCUUCGGAGGCUAUUUGACGCUAACAACAUGUGGGGCGAUGAUGAUGAUGAGGAUGAGCACGGGGGAACGCGACAUGCUUCUGGUGCUGAUGAAGAAACUGCAAACAGCAAGAGCUUGCACAUUGUCAUUAUGGAUGAACUCGAUGCACUCUUUAAACGGCGUGCAGAUUUGGGGGAGGAAAGCUCCACGAAAGCUGUGUAUGAUGGACUAACUAACCAAUUUCUAACCAUCAUGGACGGCGUGAAUAAAGCAAGGAAUAUACUUAUUAUUGGAUUGACGAACAGGUUACAUGCUAUUGACCGUGCACUUCUCCGCCCAGGUCGGUUUGAAGUUGUCAUUGAGGUUCCCCUACCUGACGUUAAGGGUCGAAGAGAGAUGUUUUUUAUCCACACACGGGAACUACGGGAUAAGGAUUUUCUUGCAGAAGAUGUCAGCUUGGAUAUACUGGCAGAGCGAACAGGUGGAUUUUCUGGUGCCGAUGUUGCUGGCACGGUUCGUGCGGCGGUCAGUCACGCAUUGUUACGGUUCCGCGAUAGUUCUCUCAACACAAGCAUCCCCACCGGGGAUAUUGGUAUUGAGGAUGAACUCUCUGGCGCAGCGACUGAGCAUUUUAAAGUUACCAAUAGCGACUUUCAACUUGCGUUGAGGGAUGUAUGGGACUCAAAGGCGCAGGUAAACGGUGGUCAAGAUCUCGCCGGCGACGGUAAGGGACUGGAUAACGCUGUUGAUAAGCUUGUGGAUUUUGACGGAACGAUAUCUCGCGGGAUGGGUGUAGUUCGGCGGUUGAUGCGUAGUAUUCAGCACAGCCAAAUUACAAAUGCGGCUGUAGUUGUUAUUCAUGGCUCCAGCGGCUCAGGAAAGACUGUGUUUGCAAGAAAUGUGGUGAGCAGCAUUCGCUUUAGCGUGACGAAGUUUCUCACAGGGCGCGAGCUCAGCGGGCGAGCCGCGAGGGACAUCCAGGAGGUCAUCGAUGCACUCCGUGACGCCGGUGCCUUUAAAGGGGAUUACUGUUUAGUUGUUGACAAUGUUGAACGGUACGUUCGCAGUGGUGACUCGGGUGCAGCGGAUGCAUUGAGGUCUGCUAUUAACGAGUUCAAGUCGGUGUCGAGUUCCGGGUUGUUCCCUCACAGUGAGUGGGAUGUGUCUCAGCCUCGAAGGAAGCGAUUGUUGAUCAUUACUACAGCUGAGGAAGAGGUUCUUCAGGGUGCUCUGGGUUCAGUGGAGUACGAUGUAAGGCUCAACCUUCAGCCUAUUCGCCGCGAGGGCGUCCUUAAGUUGCUUCAUCACUAUGGUAUCCUUCCUCAGACGGCUAAACUGCCGAAUGAAGUGGUUCGUGCGUACCCCACAUCACUAACUUAUCGUCAAUUCCUACGCAUCACUGAUCUUGCCUUGUGGAGGGCGCAUGAAGAGCAUCAUCGCACUGCCGAAACCACCUCAACGGGUGAGGCUGAGAGUUUGGAAACCUCUUUGUAUUCUUCACUUAACGAGCUUUUCACCAAAGGAGGACCGCAGCGAAGUGGGGGAGAUCAUCACUCACCCCCGGUUCUCACGGAGAGUCAACAGGCGGAGUUGGCUGCCGCGAUUAGGGACGUUGCAUCGGAAAUGGGCAUAUCAGACGCUUUCGAUGGUGUUUUGAACGCCGAUGGUUCCAUUCACGGGGAGGAAAUGUACUGA